UCGCACCCCUGCCAAGACGUUAUUACUGCGAUUUUUGCGAUAAAUCGUUUGCUGAUAACCCGGUAGCAAGGAAAAAUCACAUGAAUGGAACCACCCAUCAAAGAAACAGAAAGCAGCAUUACGAUUCAUUCCGGGAUCCCGAAAUACUCUUGUUUGAAGAAAUCAACAAGAAGCCAUGUAAACAUUUCUUGCAAAGUGGGACAUGCACUUUCUUUGAUAGUUGUAGAUUUUCUCAUCUACGUGAAGAUGAAAAGGAACAACUGAGAACUCAAGCAACAGAAAUGAAAACAAAAAAAUACAAGAGACAAGACAUAAAGAAGGAUGAAAAUGAUGAGGAUCUCAAAACUUUUUUUACAGAAGAACACUGCCUUUUACAAACUGUUGCAAACUUGCCACCAUCGCUUGUACCGCCUCCACCAGAUAGUUUCUUAGACCUUGAGCUCAAAGAAUGGGGAUAAUCAUGUACACUAUA